GCAAACUCCGCUCCUGACCUCGCCCACACACCAAUCUGCUCCUCUCCGCCGACAGUGCAGCCUGUACAGUUGAGAACCGGCAUCACCAGAACCUCCUUUCCUUUCCCGACUGCUUCAGCCGUCCGCCAUCGCUCACAAUGGCCGCUCUCACGCGGACCACCACGACCGAGUCUGCCAUGUACCCAGGUAGCCGGAUGGGCGCCUGGCGCCGGCGCGGCAUCAUGCUGUCGCUGUGCCUGACCCUCUUCCUCGCCGCUCUCGACGUGACCAUUGUGGCCACUGCACUGCCGACCAUCUCGACCGCCCUCAAUGCCACGGCCGCCGAGUACGCGUGGGUCGGCAGCAGCUACACGCUCGCCUCGACCUCGAUGGCGCCCAUCUGGGCCAAGAUGUCCGACAUCACGGGCCGCAAGUCGGCCCUCAUCGGCGCCAACGUGUGCUUCAUGGCCGGCAGCACCGUCGCGGCACUUGCCAACACGGCGUCCGUGCUUGUCGGUGGGCGUGUGCUCCAGGGUCUGGGCAGCGGCGGCAUGUUCAUCAUUGUCACAAUUGUCAUCGGCGACCUGUUUGAGCUAAAGGACCGCGCAAAAUACUACGGCCUGACUGCGCUGGUGUGGGCCGUUGCUGGUGCAGUUGGGCCGGUCAUGGGCGGUGCCUUUACUCAGACCAUAGGUUGGCGGUGGUGUUUCUGGAUCAACCUCCCGUUUGACGCUCUUUCUCUGGCCAUGCUGUCUUUCGUCCUGAAGCUUGACACACGGAAAAUUGCCGUCCUCGAGGCCCUCAAGGCGCUCGACUGGGUGGGCUCUUUCAUCAUCGUCGGCGGCACCAUCUGCUUCCUGUACGGCCUCGAGACGGGCGCGAGCGGACAGCACCAGGCGGACGGGAGCGGCGGCGGCUGGUCCUCGCCGACCGUCAUCUCUCUGAUGGUGGUGGGCAUCGCGCUCCUGUGCUUCUUCUGCUUCUACGAGGCCCGCGUCGCCAAGAACCCGCUCAUGCCGCCCGCCAUCUUCGCGUCCUUCACCAACGUGGCCAUGUACGUCAUGCUGUGCGCGCACUCGUUCGUCAUCAUCGCGUACAGCUACUUCCUGCCGCUGUACUUCCAGACCGUGCUCAAGUUCAGCCCCCUGAUCUCGGGCAUAUCCAUCUUCCCCAUGAUCUUCCCCAUGACGGCCAUGACGUACCUGUCGGGCCAGUUCGUCAACCGCACGGGCAACUACCAGAUCCCGAUCUGGUUCGCGGUGCUCAUGAUGACCCUGGGCAGCGGCCUGCUCAUCAACCUGGGCACCGAGGUCAGCUGGGCCAAGAUUGUGUGCUUCCAGAUCAUCCUGGGCCUCGGCACGGGCCCGCUCUUCCAGGUGCCCAUGAUUGCCCUGCAGAGCCAGCUCCAGCCAAAGCUCAUCCCACCCGCCAUGUCGGCGUUGGGCUUCCUCAAGAACCUCGGCACCUCGUGCUCCAUCAUCGUCGGCACCGUCUUGAUCCAGAGCAGGCUCGGCGUCAGCGGAGGGCUGACGCAGGGGCAGCACGAUGGAGGCGGCGCGGCUGGCGGCGGCAGCAGCGGCGGCGGCGACGGCAACUUCGAGCGGGCGUAUGUGGGCGCGCUGCAGAUCAUGUGGGUAUUUUACACGUGCAUCUGUGUGCUCACGGUGCUGUCGGCGUUCUUCCUCAAGAGGGAGAACAUCAAGAACAAGCGGGACGCUCGGCAGCAGCCCGCGUCGCAGGACGAGUCCCAGCAGCAGCAGCAGCCGCAGUCGGAGUUGCAAUCGCAAUCACAGGAUGAGGAGACCGGCACGCAGACUGAUGCCGAUGAUCUGCGGACCAAGACGUCGGCGAGCGAAGACGAGAAGAAGCCUGUGGAGGAGGAAUCCAUUGCCGUGGAGGACCUGGGCCAAGCCAUGGCGGUCAUGGAUGCGGACAGAAAGAAGGAGGGCUUGUAAAGUACUGUGUUAUAUCAUAGAUGGUUUUGUCGAAC